GUCAGCUGCCGCGAUUGUUACAUUGCAAAUGAAACUUUAUUCGGAUCGGAACAAUGGUGAAAUUUAGUUAAGUUUUCCUAACACUAUAACGAUGCAGUGUACAAGAUCGAGGAGUGCAGAUGACCUUUCGCAAGGGUCAACAGAGUCUAGUGACAGUUAUGCUGCACUCACGAGCCCGUCUUCGGAUUAUUCUGACUGUGAAUUUUGUGAAGAGAGGAAACGGAAGUAUAAUUCGUUGAGGAGUCCGCAGUGCAAAACCUCGUAUUUGAACCCCGUAAGCUGUAUCACACGCUACUACAACACCAUGGACAGGCGGGAGACUGAGCCUCUAGUCACCUCGCCGUCUGCUGUGCCUGUUUAUAUGAGCGUCACUUCUGAAUCUGACUCCUUGGGCCCAGGAGAGUUUUCAUCGAGCGAAAUUCUCGCCACGCACAAGAGGAUCGAGAAUCAAAGGAAACCGGACCGAAGGAAGCAAAGCUCCCUCGUCACGAUAUUCUCAGUAUGGAACACAAUAAUGGGUUCGUCCCUUCUAACUAUGGCGUGGGGUGUGGAGCGAGCUGGUCUGCCGGUGGCAUUAGUACUCGUUGCCAUCAUGUCCGCCUUGUGUCUUUAUACAGCUUAUGUACUGCUCAGAGUACAUAAACGCCAUGGAACAGGUAGUGCCACCUGCGAGGUUCCAGCGCUAUGUCGCAUACUGUUAGGUCAAACUGCAGAAGGGAUCGCGCAUGUUUUCAGUUUAAUUGUUCUUUUCGGAGCUAACAUUGUUUAUUGGAUACUUAUUACCAAUUUCCUUUAUUUCACUGUUAAUUACUUCGUUGAUCUAACAUCUAACACGACCGAUUACAACACCACUCUCCUGUGCCCGAAACACGAUGGCGUGAAUGGGUCGCUCAUAAUCCCGGUCCCGAACUACGACACACCGUACUGGGGCCUGCAUAGCACUGUACCGGUCUACGUAGCUGUUAUCGUAUUCCCGUUGUUGAAUUUUAAAAACGUUUCCUUUUUCACAAAAUUUAAUUCUUUAGGUACACUUUCAGUAGCCUACCUCCUAAUUUUCGUACUCGUAAAGAGCAUAGCAUGGGGCGUGAACAUUGAAACACAACCUACGGAUGCACAUCCGGGGCAAGACGCGGCAGUGCUAAGUGGCAUGUUGGCGCUAUCCUUCUAUAUACACAACAUUAUCAUUACCAUUAUGAGUAAUAAUGACAGGCAGGAAAACAACGGACGAGAUCUAACAAUAGCCUUUAUACUGGUGACCCUAACCUACAUACUAGUAGGAGGAGUGUUUUACAUCUGCUUCCCCCUCGCCAAGUCAUGUAUUGAGGACAAUAUUCUAAACAACUUUGAAAUGCACGACAUAAUGACUGCAGUUGCGAGAAUACUGCUUCUGUUUCAAGUGGUAACAGUAUAUCCUCUGGUGGCUUAUAUGCUGCGCUGCGAAGCGAUCCUUCUUCUUCCGUUUCAAGACAACCGGUGCCUCACGAUCAGCAUAAAUACUGGCAUAGUAGCCGUAUGCAUUGUUGCUGCCUGUUUUUGUCCGAACAUUGGCACUAUUAUACGCUACACGGGUGCAGUAAGCGGCCUAGUCCAUAUCUUCGCACUGCCCUCUCUUCUGCAAGUUCGAUCUUUACAAUUACGUGGGGAACUUAGUCUAACUAAAGCGAUUCUUUACUGUUCCAUUGUCUUGUGCGGCGCUAUUAACUUGGUGAUGCAGUUUUUCAUAAAAGAAUAGCCAAUUCUAUGAUACGAGUACGCUAUGAUCGAGUUCGUAUUUAAAAAGGUGAUAGAGAUCAAAAUAUGCAGAGUAUAACCUACACUUCAAAGAAGUUAUACACAUAUGUACAUACGAGUCGAGUGGAGGUAUUAUACCUCCCUCUGGAAUCCCGAAAUUAUUAUAUUGUAUUUUGUUCUAUAUUUUUGAUGUUUAACUAAUAUUUGCUACGAUAGUGCUUGUAUAGUAAGUGACCUCCAUCCCACUUGAUGGUAAGUGACGAAGAGACCUAAAUAAUGCCACACCUAGAUAAAGCCUAUUAUGCACUCUUACCUUAAAAAGGUCCAAGUUUUCAAUUUGCAGCACAUAUUUUUUCACUGUACGACCUUGAAGCUUAUGCUAG